UUCAAUUCAUGCCAAGCAUAUAUAAAGGAUCCCAAAUUUUUUUUUACUAGUAAAUUAGUUGCACGACCAUGGCUCUAAAAUCUACUUUCUUGUUGUGUGCCUUCCUGGCUUUUGCAAGUGCUGAAAUACAGCCCCGCGAUUUGGCCGACCAAGUUAGAGAAGAACUAGAGGCUCUAAAGAGCAUUGUUCAAGGCAGAAUUCUUGCCGCCCACGACGACCUCAACAACGAUCUCACCGACUUUAGAACAAACUCUGGGAAUGUUGCAAACGCAGGAACCAUCUCAAUAGCACAAGAAUCACAAACCGUGGACCAGCAGUUGCAAGCAAUCAAGGACUUGGCACAUGUCGCAAAUGUUGAUAUUUCACCAUGUACGAACGUACGUGAACAAACUUUGAACAGACUGCCUAAUCGUUUGACUAGGGAAAUGAACAAUUGUAUUAGUGAGGUGGAUUCACGAGCGUCCUCAACUUCCAGCAAUGGAAGAUACCUUGUGGAUAUCGUAAUUAACAAAGUCCACAAUUUGGAAUUCCAACUACGUCAGUGCCGAGACGAUCUGUUGUGCAUUGCUCCUUUGCUUACUGAAAUAGAGCUUGAUAAAAUCCGAUUGCCACAAAGUGUCGACACCGAGGUUCAAGCUGUCCAGGGUCUUUUGACAACAUUGAGGCUUUCGGUACAAACUUGCUCGGACUCAAGCGUGGCCCAAUAUAUUACGGAGGCAUUCGGGAUUCUUGGAGACAUUCAGUCCUGUGCAGAUAGGCUUAUUGAUUAAAAUAAAUUAUUGUUUUAAUGUACUGAAUAUUUAUUUUCUUUUUUUUUUGUAGAAGAAUGAAGUAGUGCGCAAUUAUAAAUUACACAUAGAUUGA